AAUGGUGGUGGAGCUCCUCCCUCCGGCUGGUCGGAGGUACCCCUUCUUCUCCGCAGGCUGCCACCGCAGGGACCUGUCGCUGCGAUCUAGACUCAGCCGAGCAAGCGAGCGAGGCUUGGAAUGGAGGCGGAGGCAGGAGCAGCGCCGAAUGACGUGUCCAAGUCAUGGAGCUUAGCAUGAUUCAUCAACAGCCGCCGCCGCUGCCAGCUGGAGGCAGGAUGCUGCGCACAGCCCCGGCUUAGAGACUCUCAACUAGCCAUUCCCACUCCUCUGCCUUGGCCAAGCAUCGCCGGGUUUUGUUUUGUCCCCCCACCCCUCUCGGCCUGAGUGAGGAUCUCCGACACCAGGCAAGAUGGAAGAAAUCCUGAAAAAGCUGCAGAAGGAAGCGUCGGGGAACAAAUACAAGGCAAUCAAGGAGAGCUGCACCUGGGCCAGCGAAAUUUUAGAAUGCCCAGAGGCUGCCAUGAAGAUCCCUCCAUAUCAGCUAAGGGAGAAAUGUCUUCUUCCAUUGCAGCUUGCUUUGGAAAGCAAAAAUGUGAAGCUGGCCCAGCACGCUCUAGCAGGGAUGCAGAAGCUACUGUCUGAGGAGAGAUUUGUAACCAUGGAAACAAACUCAGAUGACAAGCAGUUGCUUAAUCAGAUGCUGAAUGCAGUCAGAGUGACUCCUUACCUCAAUGAAGACCUGCAGGUAGAAGUGAUGAAGGUCCUGCUCUGUAUAACAUACACCCCAACGUUUGAGCUGAAUGGGAGUUCAGUGCUGAAGAUUGCAGAGGUGUGUAUUGAAACCUAUCUGUCCAGCUAUCAUCAGCGGAGUAUUAAUACAGCUGUGCGGGCAACCCUUAGCCAGAUGUUGAGUGACUUGACUUUACAGUUACGGCAGAAACAAGAAAAUACAAUACCUGAAAGCCAAGCCAUUCUCCAGGGGUUCAAAAACUCAGAUUCUACGGCAGAGUCGCUUUGUGAUGACGUUGUCUUUGUCUUCACGAUUCUGUGUGAAAAACUGCAGGCAGCCAUCUGCGAAAAUCAGCAAGUGCAGCUUCUCUACUUGGAAUGCAUUCUCUCAAUGCUGAAUAGUUCAUCUUCUAAUAUGCACCACCAUAAAGGCUUCACUGAUCUCAUAUGGAAGCAGCUGUGUCCAGCCCUCAUAGUAAUAUUGGGAAAUCCAGUUCAUGAUAAAACAAUCACUUCUGCUCACAGCAGCAGCUGCCAUGAGGCUGAUUCCCCUUCCUUGGGGAUCUCGGAUCAUGGCCGAGGGUCAGGUUGUUCUUCAACUGCACCUGCCCUUAGUAGCUCUGUUGCCCGGACAAUUUAUUACAUUGCAGCAGAACUAGUUCGGCUAGUGGGCUCCAUGGAAUCCAUGAAGCCUGUUCUGCAGUCUCUUUACCAUCGUAUGUUGCUGUAUCCUGCACCUCAGCACCGAGUGGAGGCUACCAAGAUCAUGAAAGAGAUACUUGGUAGUCCUCGGCGGCUCUGUGACUUGGCAGGCCCCUGCUCCUCUGAAGCUGAACCCAGAAAGAGGUCAAUUUCAAGAAGACAGUCUCAUCUUGAUCUUCUCAAACUCAUCCUGGAUGGGAUGACUGAAGCUUGCAUCAAAGGUGGUAUUGAAGCGUGCUAUGCUUCGGUGUCUUGUGUCUGUGCCCUGCUUGGAGCUUUAGAUGAGUUAAGUCAAGGGAAAGGCCUGGAUGAGGAACAGGUCCAUCUGCUUCUUAGACGCUUGGAAGAAUUAAAGGAUGGGGCUGAAACGAGCAGAGAUUCCAUGGAAAUCAAUGAUGCUGAUUUUAGGUGGCAAAGGCGUAUUUUGUCUUCGGAGCAUGCCGCCUGGGAUGCUGGCAAUGAAAAGAGUCCUGAUAUAAGUAUUAGUGUUACCACAGAUACUGGUCAGACUACCUUGGAAGGUGAAAUGGGACAGACUACUCCAGAAGAUAAUUCUGAGAUCCGUAAAAAUUCUCUGCAGUCACCAGGUGGACAAGUGGCUAAAGAGAUUCAUUAUAAGGAGCCAGAAUCAGAAACUAUUGACCAGCCAGAUGUGGUUCAACGGAGCCAUAUGGUCGUUUAUCCAGAUAUAACUAAUUUCCUUUCAGUUGAUUGCAGGGCACGUUCCUGUGGAUCCAGGUACAGUGAGAGUAAUUUCAGUGUUGAUGAUCAGGAUCUUUCUAGGACAGAAUUUGACUCAUGUGACCAGUAUUCCAUGGCAGCAGAAAAAGAUUCGGGAAGAUCAGAUGUUUCAGACAUAGGUUCAGACAACUGCUCAUUAGCUGAUGAAGAGCAGACCCCAAGAGACUGUACAGGUCACAGACCUAUACGAACUGCUGGCCUUUCCUUGAAACUGCUGAAGAGCCAGGAAGCAGAUCAGCACAGUGCCAGAUUAUUUAUCCAGUCCCUUGAAACUCUUCUUCCUCGGCUUAUAGCUCUUCCUAAUGUAGAAGAUGUGGAUCUGGCCCUCCAGAACUUCUCUUCAACUUUUUGUUCAGGUAUGAUGCACUCUCCAGGAUUUGAAGGGAAUACGAGUUUUAGCUUCCAGAUACUGAUGAAUGCAGAUAGUCUCUACAUGGUAUCUCAUUACACUCUUCUGCUCAACCUGAAGCUGUUGAAUGCAGAUUACUACCGAAAGAAGCCUGCCCAAACCCCUGUGUUAAUGAAGGAGUUUAUGAAACAAGUGCAAUCCAGUGGAGGGCUGAUGGUACUUUCUCAGGCUUGGAUUGAAGAACUUUACCACCAGGUACUGGAGAGAAAUCUUCUUGGAGAGGCUGGAUAUUGGGGAAGCCCUGAAGAGCACAGCCUUCCCCUCAUCACUAUGCUAACUGACAUUGAUGGUUUGGGGAGCAGUGCAAUAGGUGGGCAGCUGAUGGCUUCUGCAUCCACACAGUCUCCUCUCACCCAGAGCUGGAAGCCAGAUGAUGCAGUUAUAGCAGGGGCUGCUUUUGCCCGAUACCUGCUGAUUGGCUGUUGGAAGAAUUUGAUUGAUACCUUAUCAACGCCUCUGACUGGCCGCAUGGCAGGGAGCUCCAAAAGAUUAGCAUUCAUUCUAGGAGCUGAAGGAGUCAAGGAGCAGAACCUGAAGGAGAAGGAUGCCAUCUGUAUGAGUCUGGAUGGGCUAAGAAAGGCAGCCCGGCUCAGCUGUGCUUUAGGAGUGGCUGCUAAUUGUGCGUCUGCCCUUGCUCAGAUGGCUGCUGCUUCAUGUGUUCAAGAGGAGAAAGAGGAAAGAGAGGCCCAAGAGCCAAGUGAUGCCAUAGCUCAAGUAAAACUGAAAGUGGAGCAAAAACUGGAGCAGAUGGGGAAAGUGCAAGGGAUCUGCCUGCACACAGCUCACGUUUUGUGCAUGGAUGCCAUUCUCGGUGUGGGACUGGAGAUGGGGAGCCAUAAUCAAGACUGCUGGCCACAUGUCUUUAGAGUAUGUGAAUACAUCAGCACUCUGGAACAUGCUCAUUUCAGCGAUGGAACAUCUCAGCCACCAAUAACUAUUACCCAGGCGCAACACACCACAGGAGGCCUGCAAGGGGAAGUCCAAUCUGCAGACUCGCCCCAGGAAUUGAUUCUGGAUCAAGAGAUUACACUGAACAACAACCCUGUCAUCCAGCCAGUUUCCAUUCAGGAACUCAUCAAAGAGGGCAGCAAGGGAAAAGCUCUUGACUUUCGUGGAGGCAGCCUGAUGAGUGGAAGUAGUGCUGCCAAGGCUAUUCUCACCCUCUCUACUCAGGCUGACAGGCUUUUUGAAGAUGCUGUUGACAAGUUGAACCUGAUGGCCUUGGGAGGCUUCCUAUAUCAGCUGAAGAAAGCGUCUCAGUCCCAGCUCUUCCACUUAGUUACAGAUACAACUGAUUAUUCGUUGGCAAUGCCAGGAGAAGUAAAAUCUACUCAAGACAGGAGAAGCGCACUCCACUUGUUUCGUCUAGGAGGUGCCAUGCUCCGAAUUGUGAGGAGUAAAUCCCGCCCUCUACUCCAUUUUAUGCGCUGCUGGAACCUGGUGGCACCUCAUCUAGUGGAGGCUGCCUGCCAUAAAGAAAGAAAUGUUUCUCGGAAGGCAGUCUGUUUUAUCCAUGACAUCCUAACUGAAAUUUUGGCAGACUGGAAUGAGCUCCCUCAUUUUCACUUUAAUGAGGCUCUGUUCCGCCCGUUUGAACGUAUUAUGCAGCUGGAGCUCUGUGAUGAGGAUGUCCAGGACCAGGUAAUCACAUCGAUAGGAGAGUUGGUGGAGGUGUGCUCGACUCGGAUCCAUUCAGGUUGGAAGACAUUGUUCAGUGCACUAGAAACAGUCCGUAGUAGCAACAAAUCAGAAAUUAAAGAAUAUCUUGUUGGAGAGUAUUCAAUGGGAAAAUGCCAAGCUCCUGUGUUUGAUGUCUUUGAAGCAUUUCUAAAUACAGAUAACAUCCAGGUCUUUGCCAAUGCAGCCACCAGUUAUAUCAUGUGCCUUAUGAAGUUUGUCAAGGGAUUGGGGGAAGCAGACUGCAAGGAGACUGGUGACUGCAUGCCAGGAUCAGGAGCCACAUCUACAGACUUGUGCCUUCCUGCUCUUGAUUACCUCAGGCGAUGUUCUCAGUUACUUGCCAAAAUCUACAAAAUGCCCUUGAAGCCUAUUUUUCUCAGUGGGAGACUUGCCAGCUUACCCCAGAGAAUACAAGAACGAUCGGCUAGCAGUGAAGACAGUAUAGAGUGUGUCCUUUCUGAGUUUGAUGAUGACACAGGCCUUAUUAAUGUCUGGAUCAUUCUGCUAGAAGAGUUGACAACUGCCAUAUCCAACUGCCCACGUCAGCAUCAGCCUCCCACUCUGGAUUUGCUCUUUGAACUAUUGAGAGAUGUUACCAAAAUACCGGGCCCUGGAUUUGGUAUUUAUGCAGUUGUACAUCUUCUACUCCCUACGAUGUCCCUUUGGCUCCACUGUAACCAGAGUGAUCAUUCCUACUGGGAUGUGGCAUCUGCUAAUUUCAAGCAUGCUAUUGGCCUUUCUUGCGAACUAGUAGUGGAGCACAUUCAAAGUUUCAUACAUUCAGAUAUUGGCUAUGAGAAUAUGAUCAACACAAUGCUAAAAGACCUCUUCAAGUUACUGGUAGCUUGUGUGGCAGAACCCACAGAAUCCAUCUCAAGAGUUGGGUGCUCCUGUAUCAGAUAUGUACUGGUGACAGCUGGUCCUGUUUUUACUGAAGAAAUGUGGAGGCUGGCAUGCUGCGCACUCCAGGAUGCAUUCUCAGCUACUCUUGAACCAGUGAAGAAUCUGUUGGGCUAUUUCCACAGUGGUUCUGAAAACUUUAGUGGAGAUGCCUGUGAAGUGAAAGUGGCAGCCCCUUCUCUCUCUCCUAGUGCUGAAGCAGAGUAUUGGAGAAUACGGGCCAUGGCUCAACAGGUGUUCAUGUUAGACACCCAGUGCUCCCCAAAAACUCCAAACAACAAGGAGGGAUUUGAACAUGCUCAGUCCUGUGUUCUUAUCAUUGAGUUGCCUCCUGACAAGAAGCCUAAUGGCCAUACGCAAAAAAGGAAGCUUGGUAUCCCUUUUAGAACAAUAGUAGUGAGCCUGCUGUCCCACCAAGUGCUGCUGCAGAAUUUGUAUGAUAUUUUGUUGGAAGAGUUUGUGAAAGGUCCCUCUCACUCCGAAGAAAAGAUGACGCAACAACUGCCAGAAACCAAACUGGCCGGCUUCCUCAGGUACAUUUCUAUGCAGAAUUUGGCCGUCAUCUUUGAUUUACUACUGGACUCCUACAGGACAGCCAGAGAGUUUGAUACCAGGACUGGGCUGAAGUGCUUGCUCAAAAAGGUUUCUGGCAUUGGUGGGGCUGCCAACUUGUACCGCCAGUCAGCAAUGAGCUUCAACAUCUACUUCCAUGCCUUGAUCUGUGCUAUUGUGACCAACCAAGAAAACAUCACUGCAGAACAGGUGAAGAAAAUCCUCUUUGAAGAUGAUGAGAGAAGCACUGACUCGUCCCAACAGUGCUCUUCAGAAGAUGAAGACAUUUUUGAAGAGACUGCUCAAGUAAGUCCUCCAAGGGGGAAGGAGAAGAGACAAUGGAGAGCUAGACUGCCAUCUCUUAGUGUUCAGCCUGUCAGCAGUGCAGACUGGGUUUGGUUAAUCAAAAGGCUCCAUAAGCUGUGCAUGGAAUUAUGCAACAACUAUAUUCAAAUGCAUCUGGAUCUGGAAAAUAGUGCAGAAGAGAUCCCAGUCUUCAGGGGAGACCCUUUCUUCAUCCUUCCAUCCUUUCAAUCUGAAACAUCCACCCCAUCUACUGGAGGUCUAUCUGGGAAGGACACCCCUUCAGAAGAUGACAAAAGCCAAAUUAGAGAUUCUCUUUCAGAGAACCUUACUCCUAAGGGAGGAAGUGGAGAUAUGCUGCUGCUUCCACCCUUGAGUCCCAAAUCAGAGAAGAAAGACCAAGGCAGGAAAAAGGAAUGGUGGGAAAGUGCUGGCAACAAAAUUUACACCAUAGCUACAGACAAGACUAUAUCAAAGCUAAUGACAGAAUACAAGAAAAGGAAACAGCAGCAUAAUUUGGCAACAUUCACAAAAGACAUGAAGGUUGACAAGAAAGGGGACCCACUAAGCUCAAGGGGGCCAGAUUCUCCUCUCCCACAACGGCCACAAAAUCUGGUUGAUCAAGGCCAAAUGAGGCACUCCUUCAGUGCGGGGCCAGAGAUCUUGAGACAAGAGAAAAGGCCACGCUCAGGAUCUACAGUCAGCUCACUUAGUAUAUCCGUCCGUGAUGGCGAGGCACAAAUUCAGGCAUGGACCAACAUGGUACUGACAGUUCUUAACCAAAUUCAGUCCCUUCCAGACCAGAUCUUCACAGCCCUCCAGCCAGCAGUGUUCCCUUGCAUCAGUCAGCUGACUUGUCAUGUGACUGACAUCCGGGUUCGUCAGGCUGUGAGAGAAUGGUUGGGAAGAGUGGGAAGAGUUUAUGACAUUAUUGUAUAGUAGUCGUUGCUUGAUUUGCAUUAACAAAUAGAGACCAAAUUGAAGCUACUUCAAGGCAUACAAAUAAAGUGCAGUUAUUGAAACAUUAUCUUUAAAAGUGAUAGAGGGCUGGCCUAUUUGCUAGUGAUUAAUAACUGGCAACUUCUAUCACAUGCUAUUAACUGCUCAUGCCUACAAAAGCAUGUAAUACUACAGUGUAGUCAUGCACGGAGUAUCAUAAAAUACUUCGUAUUAAAUUUAAAAUCAGGCAGAUAAUAAGAAGUCAGCACUUUUGAUGUUGCAUAGUUUUCUACAGGUGAAAAAUUUAGACUGAAAUAUAUCUCUGUCAUAGGAAAGGAAGGGGAAGUUACAAGGAAACUGAAACCUUCAUGAAUUGUGUUUGUCAGGAGACAGAUUGAGGGUCUGCAGUUUCAAAUCUCCAGUGUUGUUGACACCUCUACUUAGUGUGAUUUCAUUAUCACAGAUCAAAAGACUUUCAAGUUGUGAUUUACUGGACAGCACCAUGGUUGAUAUAGUGUCUUUUUAGUAAGGAACCUCACUGUGCCCCAAGAUCAGGCAGAUGGGCAUUUGAAAUCAUCUGCAUUCAUACAUAUAGACAGCUGAAGAAUCAAUAAGUAGAUGUAAUAAGCUGGGCCAAUUUAUUUAAACAAUAUUUUUCUUAUAAAACACGCACUGAAAAUGGGCCUUCCGAACCUCAAACAGAGCACAUUUCCCUCCCUCCAAAAUUCACAGCACACAUUGCACUGAAUGUCUCAUGGCGGUGGGGGGCAGAGGAUCUGUCCAUGGGCUUUUCAGUUACUUUCAAUACAAUUUCUUGUCAAGCUAGAGGUGCUGGACAGUGUGUGAAAUGCUGCUGUGAAAAUAUCCAAGCCCUACAUCCAGCCUAACCAGAGAGAGAAUGAAUAACCCUGUGCAGGAACAAACACAUGCUUCAUGCUUGAUUUCAAAUGGCUUCCCAUCCUCUGCUAUCAACACCAGAUGUGAGGAAAAAGGAUAGCUAUGGUUCCUUUUUGUUCCCUGCAAAAUAUAAAGCAGGUAAACCAGCUAAGCUCUUUUCUGUAUCAAUGACUUCCUUCCAAUCCCCGCGCUGUAGGAAAACGUAUAUCACACAAUAGUGUCCUGGGAUUCUCUUAGCAAGCACCAUAGCCAUCCCAUCCUGCAUUUGCAUUUCAUCAUAAGGAAAGAACUUGGCAUUUAAAUUUGGAUGUGGCCUACCUACUGUGGGGGUAAGCAGGGCAUUUAUAUUGGAGAAUCACAAGAGAGAUCUGUUAAUAGUAGAUUUGCUGCCACCACUCUUUAUUUUAUCCUGUGAUCCAGAUCUGGUAAGGAGCACUUGUUUAAGAAGAUAUCAGGGAUAUAAAGAUGUGAUCGGGUAAAAGGCGCUGUGGAGGGGAGACCUUCAGAGGAAUUCUCAACCAGUGAACAAGGCAGCAUUUAUAUAACAGAGGCACUGUUCCCUCUAUGCGCUCACAAGUUUUUGGAUGUCCGCUCAGUUCAUUUUAGAUUCCGCUCAGGUUGAAUCAGGAAAGCCCCAUUCUGAAUGCAGAUGCACACACCCUGCCUUGAUACUGCCACCCAGAACAAAUCUCAUUCCACACAGAGAUGAAAAAAAAUAGAGGGACCACUGAACAGAGAAUAUGGGUUUAUUCAGUUAACAGGGAAGUUAAAGGACAACAUAAUGGCAUAUCCAGAGCAGGGUAAACCCAAGUGCAACAAUCGUGCUAUAGUAGUUAUGUCUUUUUGCAUGACUGGAUCUCAUAGGGAUCAUUUCCAAGGACUACUAAUACUGUUACAGAUCCCAAGGGCUCCUUUUAGACACAGUGGCCAUCUUUCUGAAGGCUUUCUCUCCUCAGAGAUAGCCUUCUGAGGAGAUUCUGAAAGUCCCAAAAGCAAGCAUUUCCCUGCCUCUCAACAUCUCAAGGUUCUACAACAGGGGUGCACAACUAAAAUGCCCCAGUGGGCUAGAAUCAACCAGGACUUGGUGUAUCAAGGUCAGUUGACUUGGGGCCAAGGUCAGUUCUCAGUGCAUUAUUGCAUUAAAAUUAACCUCAAUGAAAGCAAUUAUUAGCUAUGUGUAGAUCUCUCCCCACCCCCAUAAAGGGACUCAAAAUUCUAGCCAAGGAUAGUGGCCAGAAAAUAGGCCCUAUCCCUGCUCACUCAGUGGGGCAUUUGGAGCCCCAGACAAAUGCUAAGUUCUCUCCUCACUCUAAAUCACUAUUGCUUUCAGGCUGCAAUCUUAGGCAUGCUUACUUGUGUGUAAGACAGUUUCUGGGGAGGACAAAUGAUGCUCCCCUCAGAGGAGGAACUCACCCAAAGAGUGACUCUUUACCUUUCUGGGCUCUGCCUGUGCCUGCCUGAUGCUGAUGCCGCCACUGCUUCAAACCCACAUGCAUCUCACCUGGUCUCAAGUGCCCAACCGCACUGAGCCACCGCUGCUCAUCAGUGGGACAAGUCAAGAGCUUUUUGUGGCUCCUACUGUUGCUGCAGAAGAUUCCUACCUGGGGCCCAGCAAAAAAGUCUCCAUGGGCCAGAUACGGCCCCCAGGCCUAUGUUGUGCAGGCCUGCUUUACAGUAUAUGUUGGAGAGACUCCUCCCCUGAUUGGCAGCUGCUUGAGCCAGCCUGGUUAGAAACCAUUUAUUACAGUCAUGUGUAUGAGGAUAGUCACUAUGGUCCUUUUAGGAUUAGGCUGAGAGUGGAUGACUGGGCCAAGGCCCCUCAUGGCUGAGCAGGAAUUUGAAUCUCCAGGUCCAAGUCCAGCAUAACCUACAAACCACACUAGCUCUUUUAAAUCUUUUUUCUUAAACUCUCCAGCAUAUACAUCUUUAAUAAGUAUUUAGCUAUUUUUAGACCACAUAUCUAUUUUUUAAAAAAAUGCAAAGUGGCAUAUAAACAAACAAAAUUUAGCAAAGCUGAUUAAAUGGCAAUUAGUAUAAAGGCUAAUUACUAAAUUUUUUUUGUACAUUUGUUUAGCACAUUUCUGCCAACAUGCUCGAGACAGUUCACACAUUAAUGGCUUAAAUUUAAUUGAUAGUAUACUAAAGGCCAUGGAGGGAAGAAAGCAAAUAUGAGAUGUUAGGAUACAGAGUGCAUGAAUGCCAGAGGGAAAUUGGCCCUAAGCAGGCCAAUGGAGGGGGCUUCCCUGUCUUGCUUGCCCUCUAUUGCAGUCAAGUGGAAUGGACACUGAUGGGGACAUUAAAUAGAUGAGCCCUGUUGAACCAAUGGGGAGGGGCUUACUCUUAGCCACUUCUAAAUCCAACAGCUAGAUCUCAUGGGUCAGCCCUCUGAAAACAGUAUUCAAAUUGUGGGCUGUGGGGCCACAUGCAUGAAUAUUACUGCAUGCUUGGCAUACCAUGUUCAUCAGACCAUGUAAUCUUCCCACUUUGCUUUUUGGGAUCAUUAUUGACAACUGUGUGGCCAACCUUCACAGCAACAUGGGUUCUUUGGAGCAUGAACAAAGCAACGUGUGAUCCAGGUGAGGCACGUUAGGAUCCUUUGCAAUGUCAUAGAAGAUGCUGUGGUCCAACUUUUGGAUAGUGCAAUAUGACCACUUGGCCAGCCUUACUCAUCUCAGUAAUUGAAUUGAAAAGGUACAGGAGCCUUAAUCAGUUUGGUUGAUAAAUGCACUACAGUUUGCCUUGAAUAACAUCAUUUCCCUUGCUUCUCUCUCUUUUUUGUUUGUUGUUGUUAACAGAAGACUAUGAAUGUACAAGUUCUGUUAGCUGCUAAACCCUCUAUGUAUCUUUGCCAAUGAUAUUCUUGUGGAAGAAGCUGCUGCUUGAUUACAUGUACUUGUUUUGCUCUUUAUUUGGUUUUCAGUUUAAGUAUGCAGUGUUUCUAUGGGCUCUCUUUGUGAAGUUGGAUUUUUUAGGGGAACAAUUUCAAGUGGUGCACGCCUAUAUUAUUUGUUAGUGGAUUUUUAAAAUGCAAUUCCAGCUUGUCUCUGUAAGUGUCUUAUUUAACAAAGUAAUGAAGCAAAGAAAGACAGCUAAUGAUCACACUUGGUAUUUUUGCUUCAGUUCUUCUGAAUGCAAACAAAACACACACAAAACCCCCUGCAUUGCAAAGGUAGCCUUCCCCCUCCCUAUACUAUGAACCAAGAUUGUGAAUUCCACAUAUUGAGAAGGUACGUGCUGCAGAAAAUAUGGUCAUUAUUAUGAGAGGCAAAAAUGACCUAAGGUAGCAAUGACGGUCCAUUUAGACAUUGCAGGCACCAACUGGAGAGAGCACUUCAAAUCAGUCCACAUUGUGGCCCUCCCAGUAUGGAUGGGUUGUCCAUGUCCAGCAGCUCAUGAUAUUUCUGUACCCUUCAGCAAUUAUUGUUAUUAAUUAUUGUUAUUAUUAUUUGCGAUAUUAAGUGUAAACCAUCAUGCAUAAGCUGGCCUUGCACAUACCUAACCUGGAGAAAAGUAUGAAAGGAGAGGGGAAUAUCACAUUUUGAAGGUCCCCAAAGGAACACAGACCUGGUAGGUGAAGCUGCUGGGGAAAAUGAGAACAUGCCUUCCUUAAGAAUGUCAGAGUUCAGCAACACUGUUUUGAGGGGCAUUUGAUAGAGAUGAUGUGGGGUUUUCUCUGACAAGGAAAGACUGCCAGGCGCUGAGAUUACGAUAGUGAAAUGAAUGUUGUAUUUAGAAGGCAAUGUUAGAACAGCUAUUCACCCCAAAGUUGAGUCCUGUAUGUGUGGUGAGUCUUCUUUCCACUUGCAUGGAGGAAGCAUCUCUCUGUUACGGCACUCUGUUUGCACAGCUGCACCCUCUAGCAUAAUAAAUGGGGAACCUCCUGUGAGUAGGACAGUACACACGCAUUGCAGAAUUCCUCUACUUCCAAGAAGGACUGUCCUUUAGGCAGGUCAAGUGGGGCGAUUAUACUCAGCCCCACACUCUUUCAGGCCUUAUGGUUGGGCCCAAGCAAUCCUGCACUCAGCUGCCAAUCUUUGCCCCUGCCCCCUUGUCACCCUUCUCACAGCUUUUUAUGUUGUCCAGCCCAGCAGCAGAGGAGACAACUUGGUGGAGAGGGGUGUCUCCUUCGCUCCAUAGCCACUAAUCCAGAAAGUGAGGAAGCUCCCAGGGCAGACCCGUCCUUUAGGCAGGUAGGGCGAUCGCAGCUGAAGUUGGCAGAGAAGCUAGAGCCCCACGGCAGGGCCCAACCACCCCUCUACCCAGAUAGCCAAGACCUUUGCAUAUCACAAGCAGUUCUCCCCCUGCUCUGGGAAAUUUAGAUUUUGGAAAUCAACACUCUGAGGACAGAGAAAAUGAUAUGUUGAGGAUGCUGGAUUCUCAGUGCUGCUUUCUGUGCUUGCUCAAAACUGAUAGAAGAGAUCAAGAAUCGGCAUUUAAGGCUGCAAUCCUGCACACAGUUACCUCUGAGUAGGUUCACUAAGCUCAGUGGGACUUCUCAUUAAAUCACAUCAGGGCACACUUGUGCAUUUAGUAGAGAAGGGAGGCGACUGAACUCCUUAGCCUGUGUGCAGUAUUGUGGGGGGAGAGGAGCAGCGGCAGAGUGUGGCUAAGGGAGUGUGCUGCUUGUCCCCAGCCCUGCACCCUCCUAGGGACAACCCUGCUUCAAAGCUCUCUCUGUAACAGACAUGGAAACUUUUCAGACAGUGACUUUACUUUGUGAGGGUGAAUGUGUUUUCACAUAUCGGCCAGAUUUACCCCAAAGUCUGUGUGAUAUUUCAGAGAGCACUUCACACACGAUUGAGGUGUUUCCUUCCAUACGGGAACUUAACCCUGAACUUUUCCCUGUCUGUAGCCACAAUGCUUUGUAGCAAAAAUGAGAAAGUGCUCCUAGUAAUGACAUAAAGGACAGCGGGGGGAGAAGUAAACUCAGCACAAGGCUGCCAUUUCUCAUAGCAGCCCUAUGUUUUGCUCUGUAAUGUACAGUUCCAAUCCUAGAGAAACUCAGUUUUGCCUAGAAAGAAAAGACCCUGUGUUAAAUAAUUAUAGCAGUUGUCUUGGCAAAACAAGACUGCUCACUAUACAAGAGUUCCAUCAAAUACCUUAACCAAUCACCACAAGAUCAUAUGCAGUAAGAUGCCAAACUAAAUUGAUAUAAGCCAGCUUUCUAGCUAAUACAAUGUAGCAAAAGCCCAAAAAGAGACUAUUUGCUCUCAUAUGCCAAAGACCUGACUAGUUCAAAAGAGAACACCACAAAGCAAACCAACUUUUAACAGUCAUAACUACCAUAACUAAUUUUACUACUUUCCCCUGCAUAGCUAUGAAAUCAUAAGAGGAUUUCUGAAGGGAGAUGAAUCAGAGCCCAAUAAAACCCCACCCCUACUUGCAUUGUUGGAUGUGUGCAUUACUACAGGUGGACCUCGUUAUGCGUUGGGGUUCCAUUCUCGGCUUAAGCCGCGGAUAGCAAAACCACAGAUAACACGGCGUUGGGAAGUGGGGGAGGGUUAGGUUCCUGGAGGGAAAGAAUGGGUUUAAAAGGCUGGGAACUGAAGAAAUGAUUGAAAGGAAGUGCCGUAGGCCUCUGCUCUGUGGGCAUCCAGCUGUCCAGCAAUGCCCACCAAAAGCUGGAAUUCGACCAUUUCCCUGCAAAAAAAAAAAUCACAGGAAUCCCACCCCGCAUAAGCCACAAAAUGGUAGCUGGAAAUUACCUCAGAGGGCACACUGGACACCUAGGAACCAUGGAUAUGAUGUUUGUAACCUUUUUUAUUUACUGCAUAUACCAAGGUUGGGUGUCAAUUGCCCAACCAUGGAUAUGUGGGACCGCAGAUGUCGGGAUUGCGAAUAACAAGGUCCACCUGCAUACCAGAUGUCUACUGGUGUGUGUAGGGGUGGGGGUAGAGAACUCCCAGAAAAGAUGAAUUGGGGACUAGACUGUCUCCUUGGUUUACCAUCCUUGUACUCCAUAUUGAGUGGACAUACAAAGUCAGCUUAUACUUACGCAACUGUGAAUACCUGUUUUUAAAACUGUCCUUCAACCCAGUCCUAACUGUGAUCUUUUAAAUUAAAAUUGCUUCCCUUGUCCCUCUGCCCUCUUUGUGAAGCAUAUUUGUUUAGUUUUUCCUGUGUCUGUUUUCAACAAUUUGCUGUAGGCCAGUUUGCGAAAUGUAUUUUGUGUAUAUUUUGUUCAAAAGAAAUUCUUAAAGGAAGAUAUUUUAAAACAAAUUAUAACUAUUUAUGUUGCUUGUGUUGUAGAAUAAAGUAAAUGCAAAACUGAA